AUGGAGGGAAUCUGUUACUUUUUGGUCGGAAAGCUAGAGAGUGGGCGAGAUGGUGCCAAGACUGCUACUAGACUCUACCGAUGUUUGCAACCUUCGGAAACAGUAGCGUUUCGGACGUCUUUGUCAAAGUAUUUCGAGACCUUAAGGCAUCACUCGCGGUAUCCUUCGUUGAAAACCUCUCUGGGUGCUAGCGCGGGGAAAGCAAAAGCGAAGGAAUUGAGAACUGAGGCUGAAAGUUUGGCGACUGCUUGGUGGUGGAGGGACGUUGUGGUUCACAAGGCUCUGCCAGAAGACUGUUUCGGUGAAAAGUUUGAACGCCUUUUGCUAUCUGUUUCCACGCAUGUGCUGUUGAGGGGCUCUUCAACCAUACCACCCGAAAGAAUGAGCGUAGGGUCAGCCGUCGAUCUACACCGAUCUCUUGGCUAA